AUGCAUGUCAACAUGGGCAAGUUGCUUCCAGCUCUGGCGGUCAGCAAGCACAUCACAAGCGACACGCAGUUCAUGUUUCAGUUUUACAAACCUGCCAUUCAAUAUUACGCGCCCAGCCCGCAGCUAUCUACCAUCAUGUCGCGGGACCGGCUACACAGCUCGCUGGCAACCGCACUACACGGGUGUCCGCUUUUGCUUGGCAAGUUCUGCAUUCACUCGGACUCAACCGUGUCGAUUGACUACGACCCCAGCAACAGCAACCCGCCGACACUUGAGUUCCAGGAUGUGCUGUCGGUCUCGUACUCGGAGAUCAAGAGCCGUGGGUUUUCGUACUCACUGGCCAAGCAGCACGGCAUCAAUAUGGAUGUUCCAAGCGGUAUCAUCAGCAAGGAAUUUGACAAGCCGAUGCUGAUGAUCAAGGUCAGCUAUCUGGCGGACGGCGGCUUGGCGCUGUUCACUAUGACAAAUCAUGUGGUGUUUGACGGGAACGCAAUGUUCAACUUUAUCUCGCACUGGGCCAGGUGCCACAAAAGUGGGCUGGGCUUUAUGUCAAUUCCAUUGGACCUUGAGACGCAGUCCACCCCAAAGACUAUCAACACGCGCAGCGCUCUUCCCCCGGCAGAAAUAUGUGCUGACGCGUCCAAGACACCAUCUGAGAUUGCAACCGACAUAUCCAAACCCGUAGUGGGAAAAAGCAUGCGCGCGUGCGUGUUUGAGAUAUCCACAGCCAGCAUCGCCCACCUUAAACAGCAGGUGGUUGACAGCGGCGUUCUGAAUGAGGGCGAGUGGGUAUCAUUAAACAAUAUUCUAACGGGUCCACUUUGA